AAAAGAUCCAAACUUUUUAAUACCUCUGCAAGCUGACGGAAGAAAAAUCUGGAGGAAAUGAAUGGGACUUUUUUGUGAGGAUAGGAUAACACGAUAUCUUUAUAUGCUCUAUCAUCAUAUUCCACAUACUCACCCACGUAAACCCCAUUGAUGGCCCAUUUGAUCCUAAACACCUAUAAGACUUCACAGAGACAAAAGAAUCACAGAAAGAAUCUGCAGAACUGAAGAUGGUUUCCUUCAUUUCUACUGUUCCUUCUUUCCUCCCAGUAGUUCCUUCUCCUCCCAGCAUUGGCUUCAGACAAACUACAACUUCAGGUAUAGUUUGUUGCAAAAGUGAAGUGGACAAUGUGCAAGAAAAUGGCUUUGGCUUUCGCAGACGAGAUAUUCUCCUUGGUGCUACCAUUGGUGUGGACUUAAUUAGCAGAUCCGUCUCGUUUGUUGAAGUGGCUGGUGCUGCUGACUUGAUUCAACGCAGACAGCGAUCAGAGUUUCAGUCAAGCAUCAAGUCAACAUUCGCAACAGCUUUAAAGGGAAAUCCAGAUCUCGUUCCGCCAAUAUUGACUUUAGCACUGAAUGACUCCAUGACUUAUGAUAAGAGCACAAAAUCUGGGGGACCAAAUGGAUCAAUCCGUUUCAGCUCAGAGAUUAGCCGACCAGAAAAUAAAGGACUUGCAGCAGCAAUGAAUUUCUUGGAGGAUGCAAAGAAGGAAAUUGACUCGUACUCCAAGGGGGGACCAAUCUCAUAUGCAGAUCUUAUCCAGCUUGCAGCACAAAGUGCAGUGAAGUCCACAUUUUUGGCUUCUGCCAUUCGCAAGUGUGGUGGCAAUGAAGAGAAAGGCAGUUUGUUAUACAGCGCGUAUGGAUCAUCUGGACAGUGGGGCUUGUUUGACAGGCAAUUUGGGCGGUCAGAUGCCGAAGAACCUGAUCCAGAAGGCAGAGUGCCUAACUGGGAGACAGCAACCGUUGAAGAAAUGAAAGAAAAGUUCAAGGCAGUUGGUUUUGGUCCCCGUCAGCUGGCUGUUAUGUCUGCAUUCUUGGGUCCUGACCAGGCUGCAACUGAAGAACUACUGGCCAAAGAUCCAGAAGUUUUCCCAUGGGUUCAGAAAUACCAACGCAGUCGAGAAACUGUCUCUCAAACUGACUACGAGGUUGACUUGAUAACAACUCUUACAAAACUGAGUUCAUUGGGACAGCAAAUUAACUACGAGGCAUAUACUUAUCCUGUCCGGAAAAUCGAACUCAGCAAACUCAAAUUAUAAAUGCAGCUACCGUAUCCAGAUGAGUUAUGUCUUAAGCACCAUGGCCAAAUGUAAAAUGCAGCAUCUCUUUUUCCCACCCGUUGUAUAGAUGUAGAGAAAAAGCUGUGCUUGAUUAACCAAAAACAAAAAAAACAAAAAAAAAACUGUGCUUUAUUUUUCGAGGGAAACCGGGAGACACUGAAGAACACAACGAGCAACGAUUAUAUAGACCAAAAUAAACAAAAUGCAACACCGAAAUUUCGAUUAUUUUGUUUAGCAAUGCCUAGUUUAGAGACUGCUUGUUUAAGCUCCAAGUUCUCAGAUCGAAUUGCUUUCAACGCUGCACUUGGAAAGCAGCAUUAAGAUUGUCAUCGUUUAUGCCUUUUGUUGUUCCUUUUUCGUGUUUGAUCUGAUCCAUCGCCUCCUCUGUCAAAGCUCUUGUUUUUUCCAAUAUUGCGACUAAUCGGAAUCCAGGGACAGAUAGAAGGAAAUAGAUUUGCAGGUCAUAAACCUUCAGAAAG